AUGGAUGUAUACGAGGCUACUCAAACAGUGAUGUCGAGGAUCCAAGCUCUGGAUCCGGAGAACGCCUCCAAAAUCAUGGGCUACAUACUGAUUCAGGACCAAGGCGACAAGGAGAUGAUACGGCUGGCCUUCAGCCCGGACCCGCUUCUCCUCUCUUACAUCUCCCGGGCCAAGGCCCGUUUGGGCUUCCCUUCAAAUUGCCGCUCUUCAAACCCUCCUCCCCCUUUCUCCAACCCCGCCCUGCCCAGCACCCCUUUCCCCGAGAAUUCGCCGGAGGUCGUGGUUCCGAACAGCGGCGGGUUCCUUCCGAGCAACCCGUACGGCUCCGGCGUUCUGGAGAAUGACUUGGGCGACGAGUACCGGUUCCCGUUUCUCGAUAACCCUGCGGCGUGGGACCCGGUGAUGAACCCGGGCGGGAGGAGCGAUUCCCUGGUCUUCCCGAACUGCGAGGAAGCCGGCGGCGUUUCGUCUUCCCCUCAGCCGCACCCGUUCCACAAGAGGAGUUAUUCUGUCAACGACGCCGCGUACCUGUCAACCCUCGAUGAGGGGGGUUUGUGGAGGCCUUGCAUGUACUGUGCGAGGGGUUUCUGCAAGGACGGCGGUGGCUGUAAGUUCGGGCACGGCGAGUUCUGUGGUGGGUUUGCCCCAGUUGAUGUCGGGUCUCCAGGGAGGAGUGUUUCCGGGUUGGACGAGUUACUGAGGAUAAAAGCCCUUCAGCAGCAGAGGCUUGCGUUCAUGGCCGCCGGGGGUCGCCGGCCUUUUGCUUACAACAAAUGCAUGGACGCUAUAUAUGAGAACCUUAGGAGUGGCUUCUUUGGAUUGAGCGCUAGUGCCGAUUCGAGCGCCCGGCAAAUUUACUUAACAUUUCCGGCUGACAGUACAUUCAAGGACGAUGAUGUUUCUAAUUACUUUAGCAUGUUUGGACCAGUGCAAGAUGUUAGAAUUCCAUAUCAGCAGAAAAGAAUGUUCGGGUUUGUGGCAUUUGUGUACCCGGAGACUGUUGAGCUCAUUUUGGCCAAAGGGAACCCUCAUUUUGUGUGUGAUUCACGCGUGCUCGUCAAGCCAUACAAGGAGAAAGGCACAUUUAAAGAGAAGAAACAACAGCAGCAACAUCGCUUAAGCCCAUCGGAACUCGACAUUGGCGAAAACUUUGAUACCCCCUUUGGUCCGAGAAUGUUGUUGAGUCCACGAGAGAUGAUGCUGAGGGGGAAAAUGGAGCAGGAAGCAGAAAUGCAGCAAGGCAUUGAACUCCAAGGUCGAAGGAUGAUGGAUUUACAAUUAAUGGACCCAAAUAACGAGAACCAUAAUUUCCAUCGUCUGCAGAGAUUCCCGGCCGAAUUUGAUGGUGGCAAAGAAACAGCCAUUGAAUCUGAUGACAAGCUGAUGGAAGCUGGAGACGAGGAGUCUUCUGCUGACAACACUACUAAUGGUGAUGAAGAAAAGCUGAAUCGGGGGAACUCUGAUGAUUCUGUUUUCCAUGAAAGUGUGGACUGCAGCUUGGAGCAUGCCCUCCCAGAAAAUCUAUUUAAUUCGCCUACGAAAUCUGGUGCUGAAAACCGCUCGUGUGUUUUCUCACAGCACUUGCCUGAAGCUAAUGACAGUGAAAAAGAUCUGCUCUCGGGUAGCAGCUCACCUCUCACCAUAGCUUCUCUCAAAUCAUGUUACCUUCAAAUGCCUAGGUUUUCUUCCGGACGAGAAGUCGUUGAAAUGUAG